CUCAGAGAAAACAAAAAAGCUGUUGUGAAAUGUAAGAAUGUGAAAAAUGCUAAAGAUGUGAAUCAAGUCGCAUUCUUAAGGCAACCUUGUCUCCUCCCCGCAAGGUACCCCUUCUCCUUUCCUCUAUUCUAAUCAUUCCUUUACAUCCAUUUCUUCUUUCUCUUCUUUUUUCUUUUUUCUUUUUUCCUUUUCCAUCUUUCAUUUCAGAAGCACCUCAACUUCCCCUUAUUCUCAGGUCACGUCCAAUGACAACUCCACAACCACAGCAGCAGGACCGCCCAUCCACGGCUUCAUCCGCGCCCACUUCUCCCACAUUGCCUGCUGUUAGCGCCAGUCUCAACCUCAGCAAGCUCAGUGAGGAAAACUCUGCUUUCUAUAGCGAGCCGACGUUUGAUGAUAAAAAGAAGAUGCCUUCGCUUGCUCUUUCGCCAACACAGGAAAAGGCUAUUGACAUACCCGAUACCAAACCGGCUCCCGUCGAUACAUCAUCCAAGCAGUCUGAGCCAUCUGCCUCAGCUUCGUCGGCAAACCCUGCCGCCCCAACCGCAUUGGUUGCACCAACUACAACUACAGCCGUAACUACAACCACAGCUACCAAGGAGGCCGGAACCCCAACAGUUGAUGUUCCCUCAAAUCCUCUCUCUGCACCAGCACCCAAUCCCAUCUCACCUGUAGCGAACACAGCGUCAGAAGCCGCGCCAGUCUUGAAUAUUUUUUCGACUGUAACAGAAGAAUUUGACACUGAUGUUGACAUGGUAGAAAGCAAAGAUGGACCCAGUUCCGUAGAUAUUUCUGUCGGAUCGACAACAGACAAGUCAGAACCUAAGGAAAACGGAGCCUCAGCCGUAGGAGUAGAGGUGAAAGCUCGAGAUGACAGGAUUGUGGAAUUGGAAACGCUCAAUAACUCACUUCGCAAUGAUCUGGACGAGCUCUCGCAGGAGAAGCAAAGCGUGGACCUGGAGCUCAAUCGUACCCGCGGUGCCUACCAUGAGCUUCAUCGGCAGCAUAUGGACUUGCAGCAAAAGUUGGCCAAGCGUGAUAGAGAUUAUGAGGUCAUGUCCAAAAACUAUCUGGAGCAUGUUCGCCUCAUUCGCGCCACUGAUGACGAUCACUCUACUAUCAUGGACCGUCUAACUCAGCUCAAAGCCUCCAUCGAGCAUCUGAUCAGGAAAGCCCAGGGAGGACGUUCCGUUAAUUUGAAUCGAGAAGCUGCAGUGGAACAUUUCAAGAACUCGGGCCUGCUAGAUAAUUUUCCGAUUCCUGAAGACAAGUUAGAGUCAUUCCAUUUGAACCUUUACAUGGAAUCCGUAGUCAUGACUACAUUGGUCUCUUGCUUCUUUGACAAGUCUCUCAACUGCAUCUUUGACUACAACAAGGGCUUCAAGGAAAUUUACGAUUGGAUGUAUCAGCGUAAUGAAAAGCUGGCUGUACGCUGGAGACAACAGCUCUGUGUUAUGUUGACUCAGGAUCCGGCAACCAAGGCCCGGCAGGAGGAGGAGGUGACAACAGCUGCAAACGCAUUGUCAGAGCUUGUGUCUAAAGUCUACACAAAUGCGAACGAGCUAAACAAGAUCAAAGACAUUUGUAACAAAGCGUUUGAGCUUUCAAUAGCCAUGACAGGCCUCGAAUCCGUUAUUAGCCCUGUAACAAUUCCACUGGGUGCACCGUUUGAUGAGGAAAGCAUGGGAACGUCGUUGAAGAGCAACCCUGAAGGCAAGGUUGCACUUGUAAUCUUUCCAGCUUUCAGGGAUAAGGAGUGUGCUUUUGACGUCCGGCCCAAGGUGUGGUGCUACUGAAAGGCUUUUAGGAAAAAUAUGGCAACAGGCCAUUCUUGGGUGUGAAUAUGCAAU